ACUGGAGAAGGUAACGAAUGUUUAUAACCGUGCCGUUUCUAAAAUAACAAGGUUGGGAGUCUAAUUUUUGCUCGAUUCUGUGCUCUAACGUUGGUUCCACAUUAUCCCCACAAGUUUAGAUCACUUCAAUCGUGAAAUAUUGUCCUAGCGAGCCACGUGCGCUGUCCCUCGCAAGAAACUUGCCCAAAACAGCAUCCAGAAUGAACAAGCUCUCUGAUUGGCCGAGAGGCCUUGUCGGGAAGGAAGUUUCGCCACUCGCGCUGAGGCAGUUGGUCGUCAGGAGUCGAGGUGUGUUGCUGUUUGCUAGCUCUCUCGUUUUAUUGUCCCAACGUUUCGGAAUGGCCCGUACGAAGCAGACCGCCCGCAAGAGCACGGGAGGAAAAGCACCGCGCAAGCAGCUGGCUACGAAGGCCGCCCGGAAGAGUGCUCCUGCAACCGGUGGAGUCAAGAAGCCGCAUCGCUACAGGCCGGGCACGGUCGCGCUGCGUGAGAUUCGUCGUUACCAGAAGUCGACUGAGCUGCUCAUCCGCAAGCUGCCCUUCCAGAGGCUAGUGCGGGAGAUCGCGCAAGAUUUCAAGACGGACCUCCGCUUCCAGAGCUCGGCUGUAAUGGCCCUGCAGGAGGCCAGCGAGGCCUACUUGGUCGGUCUCUUCGAAGACACCAACCUCUGUGCCAUCCACGCCAAGCGGGUAACCAUCAUGCCUAAGGACAUCCAGCUGGCUCGUCGCAUCCGCGGUGAACGCGCUUAA